AUGCUGUUCCCGGAACUGACCUGGUGCUGGAAAAAGGCGAGUCCGUCGGCCUGUCGGCGCCCAUCAUCGCUCAGCAUGGUGUGCCUUGGCGAAACUCUGCGCCAGCUCGUCUUCGGCGUCCUUUUCCUCAUCGUCGCCCCUCUGCUCUCGCUCCGUCUCUCCUGGGCCAUUCUCUCCGAAAAGGCCAAGUCGCGCGUUGGGCUCGUCCUCACCGACUAG